CCACCGAACCGUAGAGAAACCCGCCUUCAACAAAUUAAACUUGAAAAAAAAAUUAAUGAAAAAAUACGACGAUCCAUAAAUUCCUUUUCACACACACACAGAGACGCUCUCUGCUCUGUUUUUUUGGGCCCCAAAAAAUUUGUCGACGAAAACCUAAAAUCAUCGGAGAGCGAUCUCGAUGGCAGAAACCCCAGCGGAUCAGUCCCCCGCCCGAUCCCAGCCCGAAGCCCGCCCCGGAUCGGGCCAUCAGUACUGGUGCUACCACUGCGACAAGCGAGUCGCCGUGGAAACCCUCGCGGAUCUGCCUGACGUCGUCUGCUGCGACUGUAAAAACGGAUUCGUCGAGCUAAUUGCCGCGGCAGCCGUUCCCUCCGCCGACACCGCGGUGCCGGAUCCUUUGGAGGAUCCGAAUUUCGGGAGCCAGUUCAUCCAGGUGCUCCGCUUAAUCGCCCAGGCGGCAAGGGAGGAGGAUGCGCCGCCUCCGCUGCCUUCCGAUCCGUCCAGCAACGAUUACCUCCAAAUCGAGCUGGACGAGUGGGACAACGGCGAUGAGGAGGAGGAGGAGGAAGAGGACUACGAGGAUGAGCACUCUGUGGAAGUCGUCCGCGAGGAGGAGGAGGAGGUGGAGGUGGAGAAUCGCGAGCGCGGGGCGGGGAAUAACAGAUCCAUCGGCAGCGGCGAUGAGGAUGAGGAAGGGAUUGAAGUGGUUGCACGCGAGGACGACAACGAGGACGAAAUGGUUGAGAUGAUGCGCCGGCGCCGCGAUGUGCUCCGGCUCCGAUUGAGGGAUUUCGCCUCUCGCGCCGCCAGCAGGCGCAACCGGAUUCUCGAUUGGGCGGAUGUGCUGAUGGGGCUGGAUUCGGAUACCUACGUCGGGAAUCCGGGGGAUUACGUCAACGCCUCUGAAUACGAGGCUUUGCUGCAGAACUUAGCCGAGAGUGACAGCGGAGCGCAGCGUGGGGCGCCUCCGGCUGCAAAAUCAGUGGUGGAGGGGUUGAAGGGUUUUCGGAUUGACAAAGAGGAGAACGUAAUUGCCUGUGCUAUAUGUAAAGAUACGGUGAAUGUGGGAGAAAUUGCGAAGAACUUGCCUUGUGGCCAUGGAUAUCACGGCGACUGUAUUGUACCGUGGCUUGGGGCGAGGAAUUCGUGUCCUGUUUGUAGGUUUGAGCUGCCAACAGAUGAUCCAGAGUAUGAAGAGGAUAGGAAGAAGAGAGUUGUGGCGGCCGGUUUAAGGGUGGCUUCGUCCAGUUCUUCUCCCUCUGCUGCUGCUAGCAGUGGUGACAGUCCUGAUUCUGCCUCGGCGUAAAUUGUAUUGGUAUGCCGCUAAAUUUAUGCACUUGAUUUACAUUUGUCUUGUUAGUUGUAGCUCUGCAUUUGGUGAUGGGUUUUAUUAGUUUUUCCAAUUGGGACAUUGGUUAUGAACUAAGCUUAUUUGUAAAUAACAAACAAGUUCCGUAUGAUACAGCAUUUGUCAUCA